GUCUGAAUGUUACCGGGACUCACGCUCAUGACGGUACUACAAGUAGAAGUACUACACUUCAUUCUGAACUACUACAAGUAGAAGUACUACGCUGCAUUCUGAGCUACUACAAGUAGAAGUACUACACUGCAUUCUGAGCUACUACAAGUAGAAGUACUACACUUCAUUCUGAGGUACUACAAGUAGAAGUACUACACUGCAUUCUGAGGUACUACAAGUAGAAGUACUACGCUGCAUUCUGAGGUACUACAAGUAGAAGUACUACGCUGCAUUCUGAGGUACUACAAGUAGAAGUACUACGCUGCAUUCUGAGGUACUACAAGUAGAAGUACUACACUUCAUUCUGAGGUACUCGUGCUAGAGGCUCAUGUCUGUAGUACAAGUAAAAGUACUACGCUGCAUUCUGAGCUACUACAAGUAGAAGUACUACAUUGCAUUCUGAGAUGAGCUGCUGCGUGCUGGAGGAGGAGGACUUCCGCCGCUGCUGCCUGCUCCUCCUGCAGCGGUCGGAGCAGCUGAGCGACGGCUGGAGCUGGGAGGCGGUCCAGGGUUCAGAGGAGGGCUACCUGAGGAAGACUGCUCUCAGACCGGUCGCCCCGAGCCCGGCGCGGGACCAGACCGGAUCCGGUUCAGACUCGGGGCCACCCGCUUCCUGUCAGUCCUGUCCGGAUCCGCAGGGACAGGAGAAGGAGGAGGAGGAGGAGGAGUCUGGUCUAGGUGCUAGCAGUGACAUAGCUGAGGACGAUGAGGAGGAUGAAGAUGAUGGGGUCUGCACGGUGUCUGAGGGCAGCAGCCAGGUGCUUCAGUACGAGUACCACAUCCUGCACUCCUGCAGCUACGCUGCUCCUGUGCUCUACUUCAGAGCCUUCACUCAGGAGGGGAGGAGCCUGUCACUGGAGGAGGUGUGGAGCUCCGUCCACCCCAACUUCAGGCUUCGGCUUCAGAGCAGCCCUCUGAACACCAUCACUCUGCAGGAGCAUCCUCUGCUGGGUCAGCCCUUCUUCAUGCUCCACCCCUGCCGGACAGAGGAGUUCAUGAGGCCCGUGCUGCAGGCGGCUCAGGAACAGCACAGGCCGGUGAACUACGUGCUGUCGUGGCUCAGUGUUGUGGGUCCUGUGGUAGGUCUGGACGUCCCUCUGAAGUACUCCACCCAGCUCUGCCCUGCGGCCGCGCCCGGCAGCAGCACCCAGCCAGGCUGAGGCUGGAGGGUGAACCGAGCAACUGCCUGAAGGCACAGGGUUGUUAGUGUGGCGUAUGUUUUGUGUUUGUUUUAUUGCCAUUAUACUAAAAUACACAACAUCACCAUGGUAGUACUGUGGGCCUUUUGAUGUCUUGUUUUUGUACCUGAUCUGGAUUCUGUGUUUACUAGAGUCGGUCCCUCCAGGCCAGCUCAGGAGCUCACACUGUGUCAAGACCAGCCAUGAAUAAUCAUCAUCAUUCCUCUCACUGACGGUUGAUUGCGGUCUGUUGGCAUUUUGUACAAAAGCUGAUAAAUUAUAUUAAUUUCUUGUCGCACAAAUGUGUGUAUAUAUAUAUAUAUAUAUAUAUAUAUAUAUAUAUAUAGUACUACACUGCAUUCUGAGGUACUUGUGCUGGAGUUUUUUUGCUACGUUGUACUUCAACUACACCACAGUUCACAGGAGUUACUGGUUAUUAUUCAGAUUAUAACAUAUCAUUGUUUAUUGUUUAAAGUAUUUAAGAAGCUAGACCUACCUGAGGAAGACUGCUCUCAGAUUAAUAUAUAAUCUACUCGUACUUCUACUUGUAGUAGCUCAGAAUGCAGCGUAGUACUUCUACUUGUAGUAGUAUGGAAACCCGAGGUGAGAAGGCACAAAGACUCUGGGGAGGAAGCAGAGUUAAUAAGGAGAGAGAGAAGAUGAGAUAGGUGCUCAGUGUAUCCUAAAACAUCC